GCGUUUUUUUUUUUUACCACAGAUACGUGACGUGCUGGUGCGGGGCGUGGAUCUGAACGAGCGCGUUAUAAGUGGGAGAGACACGCGGCAUUGUUGGACUGGGUGUCAACAGCUCCUGGGACCACAGACAACAAGCAGAGAAGAUAACUCGGCUGCCCACCGUUUAAUCCGCACUUUUUUUUCUGGACACGGAGCAGUGCUCGGUAAGCGGAGCCAUCUAUCCCAGGGGGUCUUCUUCAGGAGGGAGUCACUUCUCCUCCUCCUCUUCCUCCUCCUCCUCCUCCUCCCUCCAUCCACAUCUCUCCUUCAGCCGGGUAACGUGACAGUGUCGUUUAGCAUCUUGUAUCGCUUGUGCUAACGCGAGCUAACAAAGGUACUUCUUCAGUGCCUAUCUGGGUCUAAACAGCGGGGCCGGAAUAUUUACUCUAGGCUUUACUAGACCAGAGGCCCACAGCAUCCUCCUCUAAAACUAGAACGACCUCAGUGCCGGUGGAUAACCCCCUCCGAAGCACGUCUAGUGAAUUUGACCUGACGGUGGAUACUACAGCUUCCAUCCAGACAGCAAACCAAAGCAGAGCAUUUCCAUUGCUCCUUUUUUUGACAAUUAUAUCCAUAACUUUGACUGUUUGUGUACACUUUUUUUGCAAGGACUCGUAUAGUUGUAAGAUUUUUUUUUGGAUCUGUAAAAAUGGGUCCUGGAAUGGAAGCAGCGGACAUAGCUGUGGUAGCACUGUAUUUUAUCUUGGUGCUAAUCAUUGGGUUUCUUGCCAUGUGGAAAGCCAAUCGCAGCACUGUGAGUGGCUACUUCCUGGCUGGACGCUCCAUGACGUGGAUAGUGAUAGGUGCAUCACUCUUCGUCAGCAACAUUGGCAGCGAACAUUUCAUAGGCCUGGCUGGGUCAGGAGCAGCAAGUGGCUUUGCUGUUGGAGCAUGGGAAUUUAAUGCACUUCUACUUCUGCAGCUGCUUGGCUGGGUGUUCAUCCCUGUCUAUAUCCACUCGGGAGUCUACACCAUGCCCGAGUACCUGUCAAAACGCUACGGCAGCAACAGGCUGAAGGUUUACUUUGCUUCCUUGUCUGUGUUACUUUACAUUUUUACCAAGCUGUCUGUGGAUUUGUAUGCUGGCGCUCUCUUUAUUCAGGAGUCCCUGGGGUGGAAUCUUUAUCUGUCUAUUUUUCUGCUCAUCAGUAUGACUGCACUGCUCACUGUCACUGGUGGAUUGGUGGCAGUAAUGUACACGGAUGCACUUCAGGCAGUGUUGAUGGUAGUUGGAGCCCUAACCUUAACCACAAUCAGCCUAAUCAAAGUUGGUGGGCUAGAGGGUGUCCGAACUAAGUACAUGCAGGCAGUUCCUAAUGUUACUGCAAUAAUGGCCUCUGGAAACUACACCUAUUCUCCCUCCUGUCGCAUUGAGCCAAAACCAGACUCUCUACGCAUCCUUCGAGGUCCCCUGGAUGAAGACAUUCCAUGGCCAGGAUUCAUUCUGGGCCAGACCCCUGCAUCUAUUUGGUACUGGUGUGCAGACCAAGUCAUCGUUCAGAGGGUACUAGCAGCUAAGAAUAUUGCUCACGCUAAGGGCUCUACACUCAUGGCUGGAUUUCUCAAGAUCCUGCCCAUGUUUCUAAUAGUUAUUCCAGGAAUGAUCUCCCGCAUCUUGUUUGCUGACGAGAUCGCCUGCAUUGGGCCUGAGCACUGCAUGGCUGUGUGUGGUUCACAGGCCGGUUGUUCAAACAUUGCCUACCCACGGCUUGUCAUGGCAGUGAUGCCCGUGGGACUCAGGGGACUGAUGAUGGCGGUCAUGAUUGCGGCCUUGAUGAGUGAUCUAGACUCGAUCUUCAACAGUUCAAGCACCAUCUUCACACUGGACAUCUACCAAAGUCUUAGACAGAAGGCGUCUCAGCGCGAGCUGCUGUUUGUGGGCCGGAUAUUCGUUGUGAUAAUGGUGGCAAUCAGCAUUGCCUGGGUCCCUGUAAUUAUUGAAAUGCAAGGUGGACAGACGUACCUCUACAUCCAGGAAGUUGCUGGCUACCUCACUCCACCAAUCGCUGCUCUCUUCCUGCUUGGUGUGUUCUGGAAACGGUGCAAUGAGAAAGGUGCAUUUUGGGGAGGCAUGACUGGUUUCAUACUGGGUACCCUCCGACUCAUCCUAGCUUUUAUUUACCGGCAGCCUCGCUGUGACCAGCCAGAUGAUAGGCCUUCCUUCAUCGUCAGUGUUCAUUACAUGUAUUUUGCUGCUGGGCUGUUUUGGAUUUCAGGAUUGGUAGCGGUGGUGGUUAGCCUCUGCACCUCCCCACCAGAUGAGGAGCAGGUUCGCACAACCACAGUCUGGGGGCUCCGCAGCAUUGAAAGAGUCCCCAUGAAGGACCGUGAGGAAAUUUACAGACUGACUGUGAAGAGUCAUAAUACUGGUGAUGGUAGCCUUCAUAAAGAACUUCCCACGGAUGUCAGAAAGGAGAAGUGUUUGGAUGGGGCGGAUGUCAAACUCUUGGUCCCGUCCACUGAACACGAUCCCGCAACCCCUAGUUUGGAGACAUCCCCUACCACCACCCCUGUAGAACGAUUUGGUAAUGGAAGGAUGGAGAUGAGCAGAGCAGAGGAAGGCUGCCAUGGUAAUGAAGAGACUAGCAGGUGUCUGCGUGUACUGGAAUGCCUCUGUGGAUGUAAGGAGGGCCCACAGAGCACACAGCAAAAAGUAGUACAGGAGGUAGACAUUGCAGAGAUGCUUUACGAGCCACCUAGAGUUAAAAUUCUGCUCAACUUGGGUCUGAUGCUCGUCUGCUCUUUGGGCAUCUUCAUGUUUGUUUAUUUCUCACUGUAGUUGAACCCUGCACUGAACUAAAGGGGACUGGGGGGGGGGGGGG